CAUCUCAUCUCAUCUCAUCUCAUCUCAUCUCAUCUCAUCUCAUCUCAUCUCACCUCACCUCAUUUCACCUCAUCUCAACUUGCACCAGCUAAUCUCAUAUGCCCUCAUUUCACCUCUCUUCAACUCUUUCCUUUUCUUUCGCGUUGUUUCUUUCCUCCCAAGCCCUCGUGUCCGGUCUUUGUCGGACGCUUCGGCUACUUGCCUCUGCCCGAUCUGGCCGGUCUUUCCUGCCUCUCGGACACCUCCCUGCUCGCCUCUCCCGUCCCCUCCAGCAUCACCUUCGGACAGCCUGUCGCCUUGACGUCGCCAACCGGAAGCCGCAGCCCCUCCUCUCCCAACAACCUCGCCGGUGUUCGAAUGCGCCUCAAGCCCAGAGGCGCCCAGUUCACCGGCCUCACCACCCUCAUUGCCCCUCCUCAAGACAUGUGCUACUACACCUACACGGCGCCACUCUGGACCUUCCGCAUCCGAAAAGAGGUCUCUCCUCACUUCGCAACCUCUUUAAAUGCUCACCUGCUUUCUCUCGCUCUCACUCUCUUUCUCCUUUUAACUUGCCCUCAUCUCUCUAUUUCUCUCACCCUUUCUCUUUCCUCCCUCCUGACAGUUGAUCCGGCCCAAAGAGAAGCUGACGGAUCAGAUCCAACUGGAUCUCAUCUUCUGCCAGAUCAUCAGCGACCUCCGCGAGGGCAGCACCGUCCGUCUCCGACCGACCGAUCGGGACAGGCUGCAUCGUCUGCUUGGCCACAUUUGCAGCCGGUCCCAACUCCAAACGCGAGCGGGCCUCGAGCUCACGUCCCACCUGACGUCAUUUGGCCGUCGCUCACUCGACUCCCAAACGGACUCGAGCAGCGGCCUUGUCUCUUCAUACUCUCUCUUCCCUCUACCAGUUAUCUUUCUCUCUUCCCCUCGCUCCCUUUAUCUCUCUCUCUCUCUUUCUCACACACACACACACGCACAUUCACAUUUUGUAUCUGCUCUCUAGGUGAUGGUCAUGCCUACGAGACGGCACGAGAAGCGGUGGACAAACCGAAUCAUCUGAAAAAGGCCGUGGUGGAAGAGGCUCUCAACUUCCCCUUCUACUUUGGUCGCUUCUACCCCGUCCAGGUGAGUCGCGAGACGACACUUUGUCUACAUUUGACCGACAACCUCAACGCCUACUCACCAAGGCCACAAGUAGUGCAUUCGCUGGAAAGUAAAAAUGCAGGUUUGCUUGGUAGGCAUUCAGAUUAG